GACAACAACACGGCGAUCCAGCGCUAGCUGCGAAGUGAAUGCUAGUCAUAACUUUGUAAAAUCGGGGAUUUAAAGUAAUUGUCAUUCGGACCCUUGUGGUUGAAGGGUCUCAGUAAACGGAUAAAUGUCUGAUGCAUCAGAGCUUCGUAAAAAAGAAGAAGAGGAGGAGGUUACACCUGAACCAGAGGAGCAAUCCGACGACGAUAGCAGCGGGGAGGAGGCUGCAGGAGACACAGAGAUGGACUUCCUGCGCAACCUUUUCUCCAGCACCCUGGGCCUCGGCUCAGCAGAAAAAGUCCUGGAUGAUCUGACCCUGGACGGAGUGGCACAAUACAUAAAGAGCGGCAAAUGUAAAAACAUCAUCUGCAUGGUCGGAGCAGGAAUAUCCACAUCGGCCGGGAUCCCCGAUUUCCGCUCACCAGGAACUGGCCUGUAUGCAAACUUGCAAAAAUAUAACCUGCCUUACCCAGAGGCCAUCUUCCAGAUAGAUUACUUUAAGAAACAUCCAGAGCCUUUCUUCGCCUUGGCCAGGGAGCUUUACCCAGGACAGUUUAAGCCGACAAUUUGUCACUACUUCAUGAAGCUGCUGAAGGAUAAGGGGUACCUGAGACGCUGCUACACACAGAACAUUGACACCCUGGAGCGCGUGGCCGGGCUCGAGGGAGAGGAUCUCAUCGAAGCUCAUGGAACGUUCUAUACGUCCCACUGUGUCAGCUUCUGUUGUCGUAAAGAGUACAACCUGGACUGGAUGAAAGAUAAAAUCUUUUCUGAUGACAUUCCCCGAUGUGAUAAGUGCAGCAGUUUGGUAAAGCCAGAUAUCGUCUUCUUUGGAGAGAAUCUACCUGUCCGGUUCUUCACUUCAAUGAAGAUGGACUUCCCUCGCUGUGAUCUUCUCAUCGUCAUGGGGACGUCUCUGCAGGUUCAGCCGUUCGCAGGUCUCGUCGGCAGGGUUUCAAAAAGUUGCCCCAGACUGCUCAUAAACAUGGAGAAGGCAGGACAGGCUGAUCCUCUGUUGGGGUUGCUGGGUUUCGGAGGAGGGAUGGACUUUGACUCAGACAAGGCGUACAGAGAUGUAGCUCACAUCAGUACAUGUGAUGACGGCUGUUUGGCUUUAGCGGAUCUGUUGGGAUGGAAAGUGGAGCUGGAGGAGUUGGUGAAGAAGGAGCACGCCAAGAUUGACAGUCAGGACACGAAAGAGAAGGCGGGUGAGAGCAAAGGAGCUGCAGCAAAGGCGAGCUCUGCGUCAGUGGCACCAGAGCCCACAAAGGAAGAGUAACUAAUUUAAAAUCCCCCUCUCAAAGAAAAGCUACUGCAGUGAUGUCACAGUUUGGGGUGAAGUGAAGCUUCGACAGGUGUCUGCCACACACUCAUUUUCCAUCUGCGGACAUUUAAUUCUUCUGAACAGUCUCACAGGGAAUGUGACAUCCCUGUGUUUUAUGCUUCUGUUUAUAUCAGUCAUUUGCACUUUAAUGACAUUAACCUUCUUUCCUAAUGUUCUUUUUUAAUUUUUUUUAUGUUUUUGCAUUAGCUCACAUCUGCCUCUCUUGUGGAUUUCUUUCUGAGGCAGUUAACUUGAUGCAUGGGCAGAUUUAACUGCAAGAGACGGUGGGAUUUUCCAAGUAUAGCUGGCGUUUACAGAGCUCAUAGAGCGUGGAAGGUGGUUAAUAUCUCCAAAAUACCUUUUCUGCAUUGAAGAAAAGCUACAACAUUGUCUUCGACUAUUGAACACAUCUGAUAGCGUGAUUUGGACUAAGCCACUCUGUCUUUCCCUCAGUUUAACAUCCCUCAAAAGAUAACCAGGCUGUUGUGUAUUUUAUUGUAGCUGAAAUCGGUUGGUCUGAUUGCCAGUGACAUCUUAAAGGUAUCACAUGUAUCACAAAAUUAACUUCCUGAUAGGCAAGCUGAGGAAGUUGUAAAUAUAACAAUAGGAUAAUGGAAGCUGUAGGGAAGUUAUAAAAUGUUUUUGCAGACGUGGUUUAACUUUUUUUUUCAUGUUAAUCUUCUGCUCCUGUUUGACAUCUGUCAUUUCUUUUAACACAAUGCUCGCAGCAGUUUAUGACAUUAUGUUUUCUUAAUCUGUUGGGGAGCAACAAACUUUAUAUGGGACAUAACAUAACAGUCACUUUGCUCCCUUUACAGUCAGUGCCGUAGUUGAUUUUGCGUUUUUAAAUCUUUGGGGAUAUUUUGCUGCAGAAACAAAAGAAGGAUAAAAAGACAAUAACUGCUAAGUACAAGAAGAAAAAGGAAAUUAUUUGUGCUAUCUGAAAAAUCAUGAAUCAUUGUUUCAUGAAGUGAAAAAAACAGGGUGUGGACACGGUUACAUUACAGGCUGUAAAAGAAAAUGGAAACCAAUACAAAAAUCCUGCAAUAAAUUCGAAAAAUUUGUAAAGCUGA